AUGCCGACCUUCGCUUCCAAACCUCUCAACGCCCGCCCCUCCGCUAUCGCUAACACAGUCCGUCGCCGCCCAUUCCUCGUAUUCGGCCUUCCCUUCCUCUCGAUCGUUGUCGCUUCGUCGUUCGCUCUCGAGGGGUUCACCCGGACACGGUAUGAUCUGCGGGAUCAGCAGGUGCAGACGCUAAGCAAGGAGGAGGAGUUGGGGAUGAAGCAGGGAAGAAAGAAGGUGGAUAUCAAGGAAGAGUACUACGUGAGUUCCGUCUGCACCAGUCACAUUUGGGCGGUAAGCUGA